UUGUUGAUAAUCUUAAAGUUUAUAAAGUUAAAACUAUUGGGGAUGCUUAUAUGGUUGUUUCUGGUUUGCCUGAAAGGAGAGAUGAUCAUGUUUCUCAAAUUGCACAAAUGUCUCUUGCUUUAUCACAUAAAGUCAAAAAUUUUACAAUAAGGCAUAGACCCAAUGAACAAUUAAAAUUAAGAAUUGGAAUUCAUUCAGGCAAAAGAUUAAUUUACAAAUUAUUUUUCCCUCUUUUUUAG